AUGUCCCGACUUGAGUUGGCGCGAAAGUUGCAGGCAACGUGCGCCGUGCUGCGUUCCUUCCUCGGGCCGCACAAGGCACUCAAGUGCAUCAUCGACGUCAAUUCUGACGCACGCAACUGCCUCGUGGGAACCGCUCACGGCUUACUUCUUGCGGCGGACGGCGACCCGACCGCAACCCACCUCCUGCUGGAUGCUCUGGAGGAUGCGCCCAGCGUCGGUCCCAGUCCCGGUUCUGGUGCCACCUGGCUGGGGGUGCUGUGCGGCAUGCUGCUGGACCACAUGCUGCAGCUCGUGGAAAUCCAGGGAGUGCCGUACGAAUCUGUGCGGAGUGGUAUACUGCAGGCAGUGGGCGAGUGCUGCCAGGCCAUUCGCGACUGUGCCCUAGAGCUCCCUCUGGUUGCGGAGCUGUGGGACGAGCAGGAGCUGGUGUCGUACUACCAGGCUGUCUCAGUGCUCAUGGCGGGGGUUAACGAGGAUGAGCAUCACGACGAGGGAGUGGCGGACGGGGGAGGAACGGUGGCGGCUCCAGCACCUCAUCCACACAGACCUGGAGUCGCGUUGCAGAUGACCGCUACAGCCUCGGAAGCUGCUACAGCCGCCACGCCAUGCAGUGGAUUCACUGGAUCCACGGCUGUGGCGCCACCUGGUUCAGUUCUUUUACGGCAUGAGCUGGAGGCGGCAGGCCGGGUGGUAGGUCAGGAACGUCAUCCGCCGCUGCACUCGCUUCAGCAGCAGCUGCAGCCGGCGGCGGCGGCGGCAGCUUCCACAAGCUGGGGUCCUGGGCGUGUAACCCAGAUGCCAUCACCGCUGCCGCCGCCGCUGCCGCAGCAAUCCUCCCUGCGUUCUGACGAGCAGCAGUCCACUCGGCCAUUGAUGCUACAGUCGCCACCGCCACCACCACCUCAACAGCAGCAGCAGCAGCCGGUGUGUGUAUUGGGUCGGUGUGUCAACGGCGGUCACAUUGAGCCACACGAACGCGGCGGCGGUGCUGGCGGCGGCGGCAGCGUAUUUAAAGAGGGUCGCGAUGGCAAAGAGCACCUCGACGUCGAUGACGAGUUCGGCUGGUUUGAUGAAAUGAUGAUGGCGUCUGCAGAGUCCGCAUCUGCGAAGGACUCGGCUAUGGCUCGGCCCGGUAAAGAAUCCUCGGGGGGAGGUGGUCUCCGUCUGCAUCGAGGCACCGCCGACCUUGUCCAAGGAAGGGAAGGAGGCAUGGCUUUGGCUGCUGAGACUGCUAGUACGACAGCGGUUGCGGCGGUGGUUGCGUUAGUAAGUGGGGAUGCAGCAGGAGGAGCCGUGCAGAACGCUGCUGAAGCAGCAGCAGCCAUCGUUGGGUUGUGUGGCCCCGCAGAUAACGGUCCCGAACGUUGGGGCCGCGGCGGAGGCGGAGGUGGCGGCAGUAGGUGCGGCGUAGUGAAGGAUGGUGAUGCGCUUGAUGAUGGUGACGACGAUAGUGGGGGGGGCGGUAAGGAUGAUGACCGGCAUUAUGACAUUGUUUUUGGAGAUGGCGAUGGUGGUCGUAACGGUGAUGGCUUGUUGGAGGAGGUGGCGCUAGUGGCGCUUGAGGAGGAGGUCGCAUGGUUCUUCGGCGAGGGCGAGCUACAAGCCGAACGGGAGGCUAGGGCAGUGCGGCGGCGGCUGCGGGGGCGGGGCCGGAUGGCGCCCGAGCUGGCCAAGUCCAGGGACAUGGACGCCGCCGUCGGUGGGAGCCUCCAACGCGCCCCACGUCGCGCCGCCACAGCGGGCCCCAAGGGGCCCUGUCAUGGCAACGGUGACGGCGAUGGUGACGGUGACGGCAGGCGUUAUAACAAUAAUCACAACAAUAAGGGUAACGAUGAUGAUGAUGAUGAUGAUGAUGACGGGUUUAGCUGGUUUGACGAGAUGCGGGGAGAACGGGGGUUUGCUCAGGAGGCCGCUGCCGUCGCAGCGGGGGCGGCACCGACGCUGGUGGUGCAGGAGCAACAGCAGCAAACGCCCAAGCUCCUGACACAGCAGAUGCAGCCGCCAUCCUCCCAACCACCCCCGGUACAAUCCCGGCGGGGAGCAUCGUUUUUGCGCCCUAAUUCCGGUCUCGUGGCAGUAGGCGACAAUGACGGUGACGACGACGGCUUUGAACCGCGUGAUGUAACCGGCGGCGUCAGCGGUGCGGUGGCAAGGGUGGCUGCAGGGGCGGAGCCAGCGCCACCCCCCCCGCCAGCACUGCCGCCGCGGAUGCUGUACCCGUCGGUGCACCUACCGGCGGCGGCAGCGGCGGCGGGGCCGGCGCUGACCGACAGUGCGGCCUGCGAGUGGAACAAUGCAGCAGCACGGCGCGCCGUCAGCUGUGUUGGCAGAGACGGCAAGAAUGGUAGCGGCGGCUCUGCUGUACGGCACUGUCUGAGCCCGUUAUCUCAUUUGGUGUGUGCCGCCGCAAUAGGGUUGUCGCACGGCCGGUGCCUGGAGAUGCAGCUGGCAGCAGCGGCAUUGCUACUACUAAUAGGACCGCGCGUACGACAGCCCUGCGAGGCACCGCCGUCGUCGGCCGGUGCUGACGCCGCCGCCGCCGGCACCAAACAGGAUCUGCGUGAGGUUGCGGAACAGGUACGGCAGGUGGCGGGUGCAUUACAGUACGAACGUUGCGUGCUGACGGCGGAGCUCAUGGGUCGGUUGCCGUCAGCGGUCGCGGCCAUGAGGGGCGUGGUGGUGCCGCUGGCGGCGCUGUCUCCUCUGCAGGCCGCGUUGGCGGCAAAUUUCUUCCCAGAGCUUGCCGCGUCGUCGUCAUCAUCAUCACCAUCCGCUGCCGCCGUCACGUUAACCGCCGUCUUCUACCAUGGCGCCCUGCAGCCUGAACAUGCCGCGUACGGCACCGUCAUCGUCACAGACGCCGCCGGCCUCGCUGCCGCCACCGCGGACGCGCGCGCCGAGGCCUUCACCGUCCGCCUGCUCGCCGCGCUGCGUCCCCUCGGCGUGCAGAUGCUCCUCGCCAGCGGCCACGUUCCUGAUCACGUAGCGGCGGCGCUGCACCAGCUCAGCGGCGGCACAGUACUAGCGCUCGGCGGCGCGGGCCUGCGUGCCGUACGCGCUGCGGCGGCAUGUUGCGGCGUGACACCCGCCGCCAGCUGGGCCUUCCUGGACGGCUGCCGCCACGUGGCGCCGCGUGUAUCUGCGGAACUGCUCCAGGGAGGCCUGGGCCUCGAGGAUUACCGAGCCACCACCAGCGGCCGGCGUCACAUAGAGGCGGCUGUGCUGCUGCGGCUGAUGGCGGCGCCGGCGCCUACCGGCGCCGCCGCUACCGCUGCAGUGGCGCCGCCUGGAUGGGUGACUGUGAUUCUCGCUCAUUCGGUGACUGUCCAGUUGGAGACGCAGGGCGCAUGCUUUCGGAACUGCUUCAACCGGCUAUUAGCGGCACUGCAGCGGGGGCACGUGCUUCCAGGGGCAGGGGCCUGGGAGCUGGCGACAGCGGAGCAUCUAACACGCCGCGCAGAGCACCUGCAAGUACAGCGGCAGCUACAGCGUGGUGGUGGGCCGCAGCUACAGCUACAGCCUCCUUCGCCGCUGCUGGGCUCUUGGCCGCCGUCCCAAACGUUGUCGUUGCAAGGCUCGCAAGGUUCCGCGACGUUGGGAAGAAGAGAAAUGGAAGCGGUGACAGAUGCUAAACGCGAUGAGCUGCAAGGGUCUGGCGAGGAAGGGGAGGACGAUGAUGGUGAUGAUGUGGGUCGGCAGCAGACGCUGUACCUGCCGUUGUCGUACAGGGCGGUGGCUGCUGCGCUGCGAGACCUCGUGGGAGUCCUGCUGCAGAAUGGCGGCGCGACGUACGGCGACGCGCUGGCGGCGGCGGCGGCCUGUGUGAAGCCGCUGAGGGAGGGUGACGCGGAGCAGCUGGCACGGCUAGCGGCGGCGCCGCUGGCGCCGGCAGCCGCGCCAGAAUUGGACGAGUGCCGUCAGCUGGCAGCGGCUCUGCGUGUUAUGAUGGAGCUCAAGGGUACGGCGGCGAGUACGACGACGGUGAAGGAGGACGUCGGUCUUGCAGACGUUCCCAACGCUGGGCAGCGGCGCCUGUGGCCUCCGCUGGUGUUGGACGAGCUGGGCGCCCGGCUGUCCGGGCUUCGUGGUGCUUGUCGUCUGGCACUGCUGGCAAGUUCCGUGGAUCGAGUUAUUGUGAACCGAUGA